AUGAUCGGUGUUAAGUUUGACGAAGAAAGUAAAUUGUGGUCGUCCACUGAAGAGCCUAAAUAUUUGGAUCCAAAUUUGUGUUUUGGAACGUUUUUAUUAGACACAUUGUCCAAACAUGGCUCAAAAGUGGCUCAGAUCAAUCAUGAUACCGGAGUUAAAAUGACUUACGAUGAAUUAAGAUUGAAAACCAUUCGCGCAGCGCAAAAUUUGCAGAAAAAAGGAUUUCAAUACAAAGAUGUGUUUGCUUUUUUGGCUGUGAAUUCGGAUGAUUUGUGUCCGAUUGUGUUUGCGUCGUUCUGUAUGGGUUGCACAAUCAAUCCAUUGCAUUCGUCUCUUUCGAAAGAGGAAAUUGCUCAAAAACUCAAGAAAACUAACACCAAAUCCAUAUUUUGUGACGUUGAUUCUUACAAUUUAUUCUGUGAAGCAUUGAACGAAUCGCAAUUGAAUGUGCCGAUUUUUACGUUUGAUGGGCAAAUUUCCACCUCUGAACCAGUUGAAAGUCUACUCAUUCAAACUGGAAAUGAACAUGAAUUUGUUCCCGUUCGUGUUGAAAUACCGAGUGAUAUCGCAGGAUUCAUCUCGUCAUCGGGCACAACUGGCCCAUCAAAGUGUGUCGUAAUACCCUAUUCCAUGUUUUAUUUCACUAUUCCACCGAAAGAUGACAUAUGUUUAUGUUUUUCUUCAAUAUAUUGGACGACGUGGAUGUAUUAUGUGUUGACAUGCACUAUGAAAGGAUCGACAAGGAUCAUAACUCGAUAUAGUUUUUCAGCAGCGCUUCAAUUCGAAAUAAUUGAAAAACACAAAGUAACUCUUUUAUGGACUAUUCCAUGUAAUAUGGUGGCAUGUUUAAAAAGUGAAUUAAUUCGCAAGAGUGAUCUUUCGAGUGUACAACAGAUACGAGCUAUUGGUGGUAAAGCAUCUUCGGGCAUAAUUACCGAAACAUAUCAUUACUAUCCAAAUGCUGCGAUCACAUCACCAUAUGGUUUGACUGAGGUCGGUGGGGUAUUUGAGUUCGUUCUUGAUAAAAAUGGAAAUCACAAUGCUGGAGUGUUGUAUAAUGGUGUGACCAUGAAAAUAGUCGAUGAUAAUGGAAAUCGAUGCGGUGCUAAUGUUGAUGGUGAAAUAUGCACUAAGACGAAAUAUAAGUUCAUUGAAUAUUUGAAUGAUUCAAAGGCAACUGCAGCCGCUUUUGACAGUGAAGGCUUCUUUUUGACUGGAGACAUUGGCCAUUUCGAUGAAAACGAAACAUUGCAUAUUACCGAUCGAAAAAAAGACAUUUUCAGGAUAUUUUAUUUUCGAGCUCCCUUUUCAACAUCUGAAAUUGAGAGUUAUCUUAUCAAAAUAGCAGACAUUCAAGAAGUUUGCAUUUUUGGUAUCACGACUGGUGCUGAUGAAAAGUUGCCAGCUGCUGUUAUUGUACGAAAUUCAAAUUCAUCCUUAAACGAACGAAAAUGUUAUGAAUUGGUUGCACAUCACUUUCCAAAACGGGAGUGGCUUCGUGGUGGAGUCUACUUUGUUGAUUCGUUACCAAAAACUCCAUCUGGAAAAAUCAUUCGACGAAAAGUAGCCGAAUUAGCCACGGAAAUAUUCCAUAAAAGAGGAAUCAAUGAUCCGGAUAUUCAAUCGUAUAUUGCAGACAUUCCGGAAGAAUAUCACAAACUUAUUGCUCGAAAUAACACAUUGUCCAAACAUGGCUCAAAAGUGGCUCAGAUCAAUCAUGAUACCGGAGUUAGAAUGACUUACGAUGAAUUGAGAUUGAAAGCCAUUCGCGCAGCGCAAAAUUUGCAGAAAAAAGGAUUUCAAUAUAAAGAUUUGUUUACUUUUCUGGCGGUGAAUUCGGAUAAUUUGUGUCCGAUUGUGUUUGCGUCGUCCAGUAUGGGGUGUCCAAUCAAUCCAUUGCAUUCGUCUCUCUCGAAAGAGGAAAUUGCUCAAAAAUUCAAAAAAACCAACACAAAAGCCAUAUUUUGUGACGUUGAUUCUUACAAUUUAAUCUGCGAAGCAUUGAACGAAUCGCAAUUAAAGGUGCCGAUUUUUACAUUUGAUGGGCAAAUUUCCACCUCUGAACCAGUUGAAAGUCUACUCAUUCAAACUGGAAAUGAACAUGAAUUUGUUCCCGUUCACGUCGAUAUGUUAAAUGAUAUCGCAGCGAUACUCUCAUCCUCAGGCACAACUGGCCCAUCAAAAUGCAUUUCAAUGCCAUAUGCCAUGAUUAACUUACCUGAUAUCGGAGGUCUAUAUAAAGAUGACAUAUGUUUGAGUUUUUCUGCGAUAUAUUGGGGGUCUUGGUUAUUGAAUGUAAUGUCAUCCAGUAUGAAAGGAUCGACACGGAUUAUAACUAAAUAUUGUUUUUCGGCAGCGCUUCAAUUCGAAAUAAUUGAAAAACACAAUGUGACAUUUUUAUUAACCGCUCCAACUCAAAUGAUUGCAUGUUUAAAAAAUGAUUUAAUUCGCACGACUGAUCUUUCAAGUGUACAAGAGAUCCUAGUUAUUGGUGGUAAAGCAUCUUCAGGCAUAGUUAUUGAAACAUAUCGUUACUAUCCAAAUGCUGAGAUAAUAGCAGGUUAUAGUUUGACUGAAAUAGGAACGAAUUUUCUAUGGGUUCUGAAUAAAAAUGGCAAAUAUAGUGCUGGAGUGUUGUAUAAUGGUAUGACCAUGAAAAUAGUCGAUGACCAUGGAAAUCGAUGUGGUGCCAAUGUCGAUGGUGAAAUAUGCACUAAGACAAAGUAUAAGUUCAUUGAAUAUUUGAAUGAUCCAAAGGCCACUGCAGCGGCUUUUGACAAUGAAGGCUUCUUUUUAACGGGAGACAUUGGCCAUUUCGAUGAAAAUGGAGCAUUGCAUAUUACCGAUCGAAAAAAAGAUAUUUUCAGGAUAUUUUACUUUAUUGCUUCUUUUUCACCCUUCGAAAUGGAGAGCUAUCUUAUCACAUUGCCAGACGUUCAAGAAGUUUGCAUUGUUGGCAUUACGACUGGUGUUGAUGAAAAAUUGCCAGCCGCUGUUAUCGUACGGAGUGCAAACUCGUCUUUAAUCGAACGAGAUUUCUUUGAAUUAGUUGCAAAUCACUUUCCAAAACGAAUGUGGCUUCGUGGUGGAGUCUACUUUGUUGAUUCGUUACCGAAAACUCCAUCUGGAAAAGUCAUUCGACGAAAAGUAGCCGAAUUGGCCACAGAACUAUUCCAUUUAAGAGGAAUCAAUGAUUUGGAUAUUCAAUCGUAUAUUGCAGACAUUCCGGAAGAAUAUCACAAACUUAUUGCUCGAAACAUCGAUAUUUAA